AUGAGCGCGAACAGCGCCGCCUUCGCGGCCAGGUUGGACGGGAACAGCAGCGCGAGCACCUGCUGCAGCCACGCGGACGCGGAGACGUCGCUGGCUGUCGUCUUCAGAGUGAUGUCUCUGGAACCGCUCGGCGGCGAAGCUGAAGCAGAGCAAGAGCUUCUGUCCAAGCAAGAGCCGCCGAGCAAGAGCGAGACGCCGCCGCGGGCAGUUUCUGUCCACGGGGCUAAGGUCUUGGCUGUGGCGAGGAAGAACGGCUGGUGA